UCCGAAACUACGAGGAGAGAGAGAGAGAGAGCGAGCGAGCGACCGAGCGAUGGCGACGACGACGACUGCCGAUUCCUCGAGGGUCGAUCGUGAAAAGGACUGGGACUUCCAUCUCCGAUCGCUCUCCUCCAACGCCAGAGAUUCAUCCUCCGCCAGCGACCCGGCGUCCGACCCCUACAUCCUCCAAUCCGUCAAGAAGAUCUACGAUAUCGCCAGAGAAGGGGGAUCCGAGGAGCUGGUGGCGCGGGCGUACCCACAAAUCAACAAGCUCUUCCAACGAUGCGUUUCGGCUCUGCCGCAGUCACAGACAUCCAAUGGGGUUCUUUUGCUGACCAUUCUUCAAUUUUUUCUUGAUUUCGGAGAAGUGGUUUUACAUGAUGCUGAUCCUAGUCUAAAGGCCUUCUUCCGCUCAUGCUUAAGUAGGGAGUUUGCUGAUCCUGUCAUUGCAAAAGCUACCCUGGAUUUUCUCAAUCUGAACAAAGCAAAGCUCCUGAGUUCUUUUCCAACCCUACUUCCGCAGUUCUUUCCUUUAUUGUUAAAGUUGAUUGCAUGGAAUGGUGAGAGAUUGGAAAAAUUAUUUAUGAUGCUUUUUCCAGCAAUGAUGUCAAUUGGAUCAUUUCUUCCACUUUUCCAUUCACUUAUGGAUUUGCCAAUACUAGUGGCAUCUUUGGAAAAAGUGGAAAAGAGUUCUGGGUCUCUGAUAGGCAGCAGCAUAGCUUCAAUACAGAAGAGUGCAGCACCUGAGAUGCUACUUGCACUGAUGGAUGAAGCUUAUACUGGAUCUGCCAUAGAAGAUCGAGGUGGGGACUCUGGAUCUGAUGAUAAUAACGACAUUGAUGUUUCUGAUCCGGUGUUCCUUGACAUUCUUAAGGAUGAAAAUGAUGGGAUCACUGAACGCCCCUGGACAUCUCCUGCUAUGACAGCAAUGUUUCAGGCUGCUAUAAAUAAUACACAAUCUGAAAGGCUAAAACAAGUGCUUCAUAUGACACCUCAGUUCUUAGCUCUGUAUUUUUCAAUCGCUUUGCGUGAUGUUAAUGAUUCAUUGCUGUGUGCAUUAAUUCCACUGGUUAUGUCGAGGUAUGCUACAACAUUCCCUGACAAGGUUUUCUCUCAUGAGGUUCAGAAGAGGCUCUCAGAUUUCAUGCUAGCUGCAUUUCAACAAUGUCCUAAAUUUAUUGCACUUCUGAAGAAGCCUAUCACUGACAGACUAGGAGAAGCUUAUGACAAUCCUGCGAAGACAGAGUUGGCAUUGCAUUUAUGUUGGGCUAUCGGGGAGCAUGGAGCUGGAGGAGUAGCUUACAAAGAUGUGGCUCGAGAACUUUUUGAAAACUUAGAAUUGCUUUUAUAUGAGAAUCUUUUAUCUAGUCGUUUGGGCUUGAGCCAGGAAUCAGAUAUAGAGCCAAACAAUGUGGCUUUUAGAAAAUCUUCUCAAGCUAGGCUUCUCUGCUUUGUGGUGACAGCCAUUGCAAAGUUAGCAACGUGCCAUAAUGAGUUACUUCCAAGGGCUCGAGUAUCUUUAGCUAAGGUAGCACGCUCUCGAAAUAUAGACAGGAGGGUUUGGAGACGUGCUUGUGACUAUCUGGGGUUGAUGAGUGAACCAGCAAUAUGUUUGUCUAUCUUGGGCCCUUCAACAGAGAAGCCCAAAGUUCCUGGCAUUAUCAAUUGGAGUGAGGGAGGAUCCAAGAUGAUUGCUCAUGUUCCAUUUUACAUUCUUAGCGAACAAGAGGAGUUCAACUUUGACAACUCUGGAUUUGUGAAGCAUGUACGAAUGCCAAAUUUGUAGGAUGAGGGAGAUAAGUUUAUUCAACUCACAAAAAAGGAUGCAGCCUGUCUAAUGAGUUGGCUUGGCCUUUGUCCCAAGGGUGUUGUUGGAUUGUUAAAUUUAAGGUAAUAAAAAAAGGUUCCAGGGUUGUGUGGGCCAAAUUAGAACAUAGCAACAUAGUCAGAGUUUAUAAACAAAAAAAUUAUUUAACAAGCUGUCCAGCACCUGGAUAACUAUACCUAUAAACCCUUCCAGAAGGUCAAUUUCAGUGUAUUCAGACCAUGCAGGCUUCUAACUGAUUGUGAUUAUCAAUAUGAGUAAUCUGCAGUUGUUAAUGUGAAUAGUAGUUCCGAAUUAACAUGCUUUAACAAUGAUACGGGCAAACUUCUGUUGAUUAACUUCAUACUAUUAGGGAGUUGGUUACAUUAUUAUCACCAUUUUUGUCAUUUAGCUCUAUCAAGUGCCACAUUCUGCAUUAACAGAAAGCCAUAGUCUUCUUUGGUCUUUUAUAUUCGGCACUCAUCUUUUAACUGCCUCCUCCCGUUAGUUUUGUAAUGUCUGAAGCAUCUCAAAUGACAUUCCUUUUCCAAUAUACCGAAGCAACCAUUUAAUACUGUCCUAUCAAAAGCAGUUAUCUAUCCUAACAUCUGGCAUUUUGUUUCCCUAUAUGUGAACCUGUAAUGCAGGUUAACCUACUUAAUAUAAGGGUGAAAUCAGAAAAACAUUUUAGGUGCUUCUCCACUUUAACAAUCAUGCUUUUUUUUGUAUCCAUACAUUUCUUUUUGUUAAAUAGUUGCUAUAUGAGAGCCUGUGAGCCCUCUUUAAUCUUGAGAAAAAUUGUGGGAUCUAUUGUUCAUAUGAUGAUAUCUUACCUAUCAUUUCUGAGCCUGUCAAAGGUCUCUCAUGCAUAUGUAACAAUGAUUAAAGUUUUUGACAGCAGAUAUCAGCAACCUGUGGUUUAAACUUUAAAGUUAUUCUGGAUCUUUCAAGUGGUGCUUCUUUUUUGUUGAUUCAAGUGUUUCUGCUACAGAUCUGUUACUAGUACCAAUUAAUUUAUCAUACUAAGUAAGAACCAUCUGCAAUUAAUUGCAUCUUCUGCCGCAGAACCUGUUUGAGUCAUUGAGUUGACCUGAUAAUAUUUAAAUUAAACAAAUUAGCCUUCAAGAUUUGGAAUUGGCAGCUGCAUUAGGGCAUUGGCGUCCACAGUAGACCACAGAGUAGAAGAAUCUGCCCGAUUCCCUUCUAUUUUUCCUCUCCCCCUUUUAUAUUUUCUCCUCACUUUUCCAUUGGCCACCAGUGCAUCUAUGUUGGCCUGCGGCAUGUUGAAAUGUGCCAACCACCAGGCAGCAUGUGGUGUUCUCCUGGAAUUUUGGAUGUCGGAUAUUUUUAAAAGAAUUUUUAUUAUGCGGAUAUCAUCAUUCAUUGAACCCAACAGGUCUUGGCCCCGACUCAGUUGAUAUUGUCAGAUGCUACUUUUCUACUCCUCGAGAGCAAAUAACACUGUUGAGCCUUUUUUUGUCUCCUGCUAGAUUGAUGAUUACCCAGCACUAUAUCAUGUCUCAUUAUCGGUUCCAUUGGUUAUGCAUGAAGUGUUUAGUGAAAUAUACAUACAGUGGUCUCAGAGAAUUCUGGCACAACUCUAGCAAAUGUCAUGCUUGUAUUUUUCUCAAAGAGAACACUGAAUUAUCCACAGUUCUGCAUUACAAGUAGAGCUGUCUGUAAUUUCAUCUAUUUUUGCUAGAUGAGGUUAAUAAAAUCAACCUUCUCUACCCAUG